AUGGACCAGAGCGGAAGGACGUACAUCGGCCAGGACCAGCAAUACGCACACGACCUGAGCAGCAGCAUGAGCAGCAUCGGCAGUGCUAGGAAUGACGUGUCACCCGUGAGUGCCGGUGAUGAAGGCCUACAACCCAGGAACAACACAGGUACCCCAGGCCCCUCACCCAACACUGGUGCCCGAGUCCAGCAGUCUUCGAGCGUCCCUGCCUCGUCACAGCCGCAGGCAUCCGCAUCAUCGUCCCAUCUUUCUGGUCUCAUGUGUAAUGUCCACCGCACCACCGGCCGUGAACCUCACCCAUUGGUUGGGGCCACAACCACAAUUCUGGGCGACAAGCUAUACGUCUUUGGCGGCAGAAUACUCUCUCGCAGCCGCCCUGCACCUCUAACCUCGGAUCUGUACGAGCUCGAUUUGAUCCGUCGCCACUGGACCAAGCUGGAGACGACGGGCGACGCCCCACCCCCUCGCUACUUUCAUUCUAUGUGCGCCCUCGGCGACACGAAGAUGGUGUGCUAUGGUGGCAUGUCUCCCGUCCCCAACCAACCAAGUCAACAAGGACAGCAGCUGCCCUCUGCUGACCAGCAACCUGACCUCACUGUCUUGUCCGACAUUUAUAUCUACGACGUGCCCACCAAGAAGUGGAUCUACGUGCCCACGCAAAACGCCCCCCAAGGCCGGUACGCCCACUGCGCCUGUGUACUCCCUUCCUCAGCUUCUUUCGCCUCGCACCGUGCCCCGCUCUCGGCCCUCCAGCACAACCCGUCGUCGAACAAUCCCAACGAGGGCUACAUUGGCAUCAAUAUUGAUGGCGCAGGCGGCGCAGAGAUGAUUAUCGUCGGCGGUCAGGACGGCGCAAACCGCUACAUUGAGCAGAUCAGCGUCUUUAACCUGCGCAGCCUGAAGUGGACGUCGACAGAGACCCUGGGCAAGAGCUGCGGUGCCUAUAGGAGUGUCGCCACCCCCUUGCCUGCUGCUGUAACCGCCAAGGUCGGCAUGGCCCACUCCAACGGUGGCGCCCAGCGCGACAAUACCAACGACACCCGUGAUGCGAGCGCAUCUAUGCUAAUAUACUCCAACUACAACUUCCUCGACGUCAAGCUGGAGCUGCAGAUUCGUAUGCCUGAUGGUACCCUUGAGGAGAGGCCGAUGUCGGGCUCUUAUUCGCCUCCGGGUCUCCGCUUCCCCAAUGGUGGUAUUAUCGACCACCACUUUGUCGUCAGUGGCACCUACCUCACAUCCUCCAAACAGGAAUAUGCCUUGUGGGCAUUGGACCUCCGUACGCUCACGUGGAGCCGCAUCGAUGCCGGCGGCAGUGUUUUCAGCCAGGGAAGCUGGAAUCGUGGUGUGCUCUGGAACCGCCGCAACACAUUCGUCAUUCUCGGAAACCGCAAGCGCAGCCUCGUUGACGACUACAACCAUCGCCGACUCAACUUCUCCAACGUUUGCAUGGUCGAACUCGAGGCCUUUGGAUUCUAUGACAACCCGCGCAAGGUGGCUCCCUUAUCUGGGUUUGUCUCGGCCAGCUGUCCUUAUGCGGGUCCGGGCUUGAGCCUGGCGCGCAAAGCAGGCUAUACUGCCGGUGGUAGGUCACACUCUAAAGCAAGCGAUGAAUUGGGCGAAAAGGCCCUAGCGCUACGCGAGCUUUCGGAUAUGGACAUUCUCUGCAUCGGGGGCGAGAGGAUUCCCAUCAAUUCAAGGAUAGUGGCGCGUCGCUGGGGGCCCUACUUUGUGCAGCUCCUGCGCGAGGGUACGGCGACGCAGGAUGGCAGUGAUGCCGUGACUUUGCGCUCCGGGCUCUCGAGCAAUCCUAUGCGCGUGUCGGCCAUAACCAUUACCCCGAACAGCCGACACGGCCCCGAAAACAGCCUCAGCGGCGCUUCCAUAUCAUCGAUGUCGUCAUCUGCGACCUCAACGUCUGGCUUCUCAGGUACCACAACUACGGGUGGCGGUGCCACUUCUGGGACAAUUACAGAGGCAGACGACGCCAACCCGGCUGCCAUCAAUGGUGCACCAACGCCCAAGUCGCUAUCGCCAACCUCCCGGCCGCGAUGCUUCUACAUGCCUCAUACGUUUCUAACGGUGCAGGCCCUGCUACACUUUGUCUACACAAGCUCCCUUCCUCCAUCUUCUUCACCGUUAUGUACGCCCCAGAUUCUUUGCUCCCUGCUUCAGAUUGCGCGUCUGUACCGUGUUGAUGGUCUCCUUGAAGCCGUUGUCGAGCGCCUCCACUCGCUUCUGGACAGCCGCAACGCUGCUGCCGUGUUCAACGCGACAGCUAUGGCGGCAGGUGGCGGACGAGGAAUCGAUGGGUCUGCCACCAGCAGGCUGUCCGCAAUGAACAAUAGAAAUGGCAUUGCGGAUGGCAUCCCCGACUCGCCGAUCUUGGCUGGCACAAAUGGUACUGGACUGUCUAUUAACACUGAUAUCGCUCUGCCGGCGGCAUCAUCACGGCCGGGAUCUGAUGACAUGUCUGCAAGUGCCAGUGGAUCAGAAUGGAGCUCUUCGGAGGCAGGUGGUGACAGCCGAGAGCGCAAGAGCCGCACCGCAAUCUGGGAGGGCGAACUCAGCAGCGUGAUUGGUCUGCAGAAGAGGGGCCUGCGUGGACUCAUGGAAGGCCGCAGGAUGAGAGAGAGAACGGGAACCAGUGCUGGUGUUGGGAGCGUUUCGGCACAGGGAGGCCAGAGAGUAGGCUUAGGUAUUGCGGGAUCAUAG